AUUAGUUUCCUAUACAAUAGAUCGGGGAACAGGAUCGAUCCAGAAGAUUAGCCAGUUUUGCCCUGUACAAAUGGCAAUGGAAGCUCAAACUUCUCCCUCCCCUCCUUUUUGUACGGAAGGUUUGGGGCCUUGUGAACUAUCAUACUCCCAUUCAUGUGAAUCAUCAUCAUUUUUGGGGCGGAUUAAAAAUAAUUAUACCUGGUGGGUUUUCUGGAGCAGAUGCGGCAAUGACGAAGGAGCAGAUGGGUUUUCAGCCACUGCUGACGGUGCCGUGAUUAAGGACCAGAUCAAACGUCUUCUACAGCUUGUUACGAAAACCGAGCGGUGUCUAGUUCAGUUUUGGGGCUUAGUGAAGAAUGAGGACAAAACGUAUUUGACAACUCGUGACCAGCCUUUUGCUUUGCAGUGCUCCAGUCAUCUAGACGUCAAGAAGCUAUGUGAAUACAGGAAGCACUGUUUGGAGUACUUAAUACCCGUCGAUGAUGAUGGUGAUGAAGUACAGCGUAUAAUUGGUCCCCCUGGUCGGGUGUUUCGCAGUGGGUUGCCUGAAUAUGCAUGGAAUGUGGGUGAUUACACUAGCAGAGAGUAUCCUCAACGUGAUUAUGCGAUUAGCCGUGUUGCGGAAUACUGGGCGUUGCCAAUCUAUUAUCAUCCUACUCAGCACCUCCCCAUUGGUACACUGGAAUUUGCAUCACCAAGUUAUACUUGCCUUCCUCGUUUUCGGGUUCUGGAGAAGCUUAAGAAUCUACCACGGGAGUUGAAUCUGACAACUACUUGUGUAAGCCUCCUCGCGAAAGUAAAUUCAUGUCAACGUGGAGAAAUUGCUAUAAUUGACGAAGCAUUGAGCAAGGUGAGGGAAAUAUGUGGACUGGGUUAUGGUGAUAUAAAAACUUGGACUAUUUCUGGAGAAAUACUAAGUCGUCAUCGUGGCAUAGAUUUUAUUCGGAAGGGACAAGGGGUAGUUGGGAGAGCAUUCUCAUCCAAAAGUGCAUGCUUUUGUAGGGAUAUAAGACAGUUAAGCAUAACAAACUACCCGUUGGUACCCAUUGCACGAUCCUACAAGUACUCUGCCUGUUUUGCAGUUUGUUUGCAGAGCUCUUGCUCGAACAAUUGCAUUUACGUACUGGAGUUCUUUUUACCUAUGAAUGAAAAGGACUGUAGGGAUCCCAGGGCAUUGUUGCACAUUCUAAUGGAAACAUUGGAAGAAAGCCUCCAGAGUUCUUUUAAGAUCGCUUCAGGACAAGAAUUGGGGCAGAAAUUGACUGUUGAGGUUAUAAAGGUCUCUCCAGAGAAUGAAUUUGAUUCUUUUGAAAUCUGCAGUACUACUGGUGUUGAAUCUACUCCUAGGUUUGGAGAAGUACAGCGAGGAGAAGGAGUGCUGCAACUUGAUUUCCCAUCUCAACAAGUUGAUGAUGCAAAUGGUUCUAUGAAUGGUAUCCAUGAACAGCAGAAUGGAAGUGUUGGAUCUACACCUAGGCUUGCAAAAGCACAAGGAGGGGAAGGAAUGAUGCAAGGUGAUUUCUCAUCUCAGCGAGUUGAUUCUGCAAAUGCUUAUAUAAAUGGUGUCCAUGGACAGCAGAGUGGAAUUGUUGGAUCCCCACCUAGACCAGAGCGCAUACAGGGCUUUGUCGACAGAUCAUAUCUAGAAUUAAAUCUUGCAGGAGUUGAUGUCGUGCACAAUUCUAUGAAUGGUAUUUAUGAACAGCAAAAUGGAAUUGUUGGAUCUUCAACUGGACAGGUGCUUAUGCAGAACAUUUUCAGCGUAGCGGAUCAUGAACCAAUUGUGGAAGAUCCUGACAGAGAUGAUGCUAGUAUAGAACACAGCGGCAAUAAAGUGACUAAUUUAAAAAUGCGAGAGCCUAGUUAUACCUUAAAAAGCGACCUUGGAAUUACUCGUGAGAUUCUUGAACAAAAUUCUACAAGAAAACUUGAAGAUGCUGCAAAAAAUAUUGGAGUUAGUCGAUCUACAUUGAAGCGUAUAUGUAGGGAGUACGGUAUUAACAGAUGGCCACCUCGUAAAGCAAGAAAGGUUAGUCAAGCCUUUGCUGUACAGAAAACUGUUCAACCCGCUACUGAAUAUAUUGAAGAAAACCACCAGUCAGAUGCAACGAGGCUAGAAGAUGAUAUCAGCAUGUGGGUGAUCAAGGUAAAAUAUCAGGAGGACAAUAUAAAAUUUGAACUUUCAUCUUCUGCCCGUAAAAUUGAUCUGGAGAAGAACAUUGCACAACGAUUCAAUCUAUCCCUUGGAAGUUUUAAAAUUAAGUAUCAGGAUGAACUUAAUGAAUGGAUUUUGAUAACAUGUGAUACAGAUCUGAGUUUUUGUAUGAAAACACUAAGCAAACUAGGUAGGACAACAAUCGAAAUGUUGGUCAGUUGAUCAGCAUUUGUGAACCUUCGUACAAUUAAUUUGGUCGUUCAUAUUGGUGCUCCAGUAUGGCAAGCUUUACUGUGGUCAUUGUGCAGCUUAUAGGUUGUUCCAUAAGUUGCUCAAUGUACAAUUAAGUCUUGUCAGCUAGAUGACCAAGAGUCUAGUUGGUAGAAUGAUACUAAGUCAGACGUUUGUUUGUUGUAUCGCUCAUUCCUUCUCUCAUUUUCAAUUCCCACUUCUCGCCUUCCACGACGGCACAACUAUGGUGUCUCUUGUUUUAUCACUUUCUGCAAA